AUGGGAUCGGGGCGGGGCGGGCGGUGCGCGCGCACUGGGAUCCCCGGGGGGGUGCGCGGGGAGGGGGUGCGGGAUCCCCCCGCGGGGGAGUCGGGGGGGGACCGGAUCCCGCGCCUGGAGGGGGGAAGGAGGAGGAGGAGGAGGAGGAGGCGGGGGAGGAAGGGGCCGGGCCGGCGGGCGGAGGCGGGGAGCCCGCACAUGCCCUGCGCCGCCGGCCAGCUCCAGUCUCCUCCUCCACCAGGCAGCAGGAACCGGGUGGGACCGAGCGCGGGCGGCCCCGGCGGCGCCUCCCCCGCCCCCGGUUCCCACCCGGGCGCCAGCGAGCUGAGCCCCCCCUCCUUUUUUUCUCUCCCCCCAACAACACCCGGGCAGACAAUGGAAGGCGAGUUCGGGGGGCCGGGGCCAAUCCCGGCCAGGCAGCGCCUGCACAUUCCCGGCCAUCCCGGCUGCCGGCACAGUACGGGCCAUCCCGGGCUGCUUCCGUGCUACCGGCCGCACCGGCCGCCGCCUCGCCCCCGCCGCCGCGGCUGCUCCCGCGGCCCCGGCUGCCGCCACGGCACCGAGCAGCCCGGGCUGGCUGCGCUACGGCCACAGGCCGCCCGGCUGCUCCCGGCCAGCUCGGGCCAGCUCCGGCCAUCUGCCCGCAGCCGCCCUCAGGCCGCGGCUGCUCCCGCGUGCUCCGGGCAGCUCCGGCCAUUUCGCGGCUCCCGGCCGGGCCGGCACCGGCAGCUCCGGAGCCGCCUGCGCGGGGAGCGGGAGCCGGCGCAGACCCCCCCAGGGAUGCAGGAGGACGGCUGGGAUUGCGGGGUCACCCAGCUCGGGGGGCUCUGGACACCUCCCAGGCUGACCGCAUGGGAACGGCCGAAAUCCGGGGGAUUUUCACGCCUGUUUAUAUGGAAAGGGAAACAAGAAAUAUAA